GUCGGGUUUGUUGGGUUCGCACUUGGCACAGUUUUUAGACGUUAGCGUCGCGGCAUCUUUGCUCUGCUGGCCCUGGGACUGAAAAGCGAGGUGUUAAACCUGUCUCUUUACCUUACAGCUGUCAAAUAUGGCGGUGAACACAAGCACGUCCCUGCUGUUGUCCAGUCUGCUGUCAGUGCUGGUGUUUGCAGGAAUGCAGAUGUUCAGCAGGCAGCUGGGCUCUUCAGAGUGGCUGACCAUCCUGGGGGGCUUCCUGGGAUCUGUGCUGUUUGUCUGCUCUCUUACUGCUUUCAAUAACCUGGAGAACCUUGUCUUUGGCAAAGGCUUCCAAGCCAAAAUCUUCCCAGAGAUUGUCUUGUGCCUGUGCCUCUCUCUGUUUGCGUCUGGUUUGGUGCAUCGUGUGUGCGUGACAACAUGCCUGAUCUUCUCUGUCUUUGCACUGUACUACAUCAACAAAGUGUCAGCAGCUCUUUACCAGGCAAUCUGA